GUAAAUACCGCUGUGGAACCGGAAGUGUCCCGGGAGGCGUCGCUUCCGGAAGUGUGGCAUAUCCUCACCACACCAGGAAGUGUGGUGCCGCCGCGGCUCCGGGAAGUGUUGCUGUCCACCCAGUUGAGAUGUGGGGUUGAAACAGGUGUUAAUGUAUCGUAGUUUGCGGAGACUCAUCGGAGUUCACCCUUCCGAAAGUGCCGGAGGGUGCAAGUAUUUGAUCAUGUUUAUGAAUGUCGCGUCCUGUCGAAAACUGUAGAGGAAAUAGCACUAGGAAUGUUUCCAGGGGGCCUGACUCCCUAAAGGAUUUUAAGAAGUUUUCUGUUGCUGCCCAUCACCCUUCAUUCCCCUUCUCCCCAGGGAUGUGCAGAUGGAGGCCGGAGGCGAUAGUGCUGUCCCAGCCCCCGGGGGCGUGGAGGACUCGGUGGACACGCAGUUGCCCAUUGAGGAGGCUGGAGACAGUGAAGGGGUUCACUCGAGCACGCCGGAUCCCGGAGAUGGGGACCCGGAGGACGCAGGAUCCAAGGCCAAGGACCAGCCAUCCAGCCUCCUGUCACCUGAACCUCAGGCUGAGGCCCCACCAAGCACUUGUGAGCCCUGGAAAACUGCAGCUUCAGAUGGCAAUCCCACUGGAGAGCCUGAGGGUACCUCUGAGGGCCAGGGAGAAGACCCCAGGGAUGGGGACCCCAAUGAUGAGGACCCCAAUGAUGAUGACCCCAAUGAUGAGGACCCCAAUGAUGAGGACUGGCGCAGCCAACGGAAGCAUGUGUUUGUGCUGAGUGAAGCAGGCAAGCCCAUCUACUCACGGUAUGGUAGUGUGGAGGCACUGUCUGCCACCAUGGGUGUGAUGACAGCCCUCGUGUCCUUCGUACAGAGUGCAGGAGAUGCCAUCCGUGCCAUCUAUGCUGAGGACCACAAGCUGGUGUUCCUGCAGCAGGGUCCCCUCCUGCUGGUGGCUGUGUCCCGGACUCCACAAUCAGCAGCACAGCUACGGGGUGAGCUGCUUGCAGUGCACGCACAAAUUGUGAGCACGCUAACACGUGCAAGCGUGGCCCGCAUCUUUGCACAUAAGCAGAACUAUGACCUACGUCGCCUGCUGGCUGGCUCGGAACGCACGCUAGACCGGCUUCUGGACAGUGUGGAGCAAGACCCAGGUGCCCUGCUCCUGGGUGCUGUACGCUGUGUGCCUCUGGCCAGACCACUACGGGAUGCCUUGGGUACACUACUCCGGCGCUGUACAGCCCCAGGCCUGGCCCUAUCAGUGCUUGCUGUUGGUGGCCGACUGAUAACUGCAGCCCAGGAGAGGAAUGUGCUGGCUGAGUGCCGGCUGGACCCGGCUGAUCUUCAGUUGCUGCUUGACUGGGUGGGUGCACCAGCCUUUGCAGCAGGUGAGGCAUGGGCACCUGUGUGCCUGCCUCGCUUCAACCCAGAUGGUUUCUUCUAUGCCUAUGUGGCUCGCCUGGAUUCCAUGCCUGUCUGCCUGCUGCUGCUUGGUACCAACCGUGAAGCUUUCCAUGCCAUGGCUGCCUGCCGGCGCUUGGUUGAAGAUGGGAUGCACAACCUUGGUGCCCUGCGUACUCUUGGGGAGGCUGCCAGCUUCUCUAAUGGACCAGCCGCCAAUGCCCCUGCCUACAGUGUGCAGGCUGUGGGAGCACCUGGCCUCAGGCAUUUCCUCUAUAAGCCACUGGACAUCCCUGACCAACACCGCCAGCUGCCACAGUUUACCAGUCCUGAGCUAGAGGCCCCAUACAGCAGAGAGGAGGAGCGACAGCGACUGUCGGACUUGUAUCACCGCCUGCAUGCUCGCCUCCAUAGCACCUCCCGGCCCCUGCGCCUCAUUUACCAUGUGGCGGAGAAGGAGACACUGCUGGCUUGGGUGACCUCCAAAUUUGAGCUCUAUACUUGCCUGAGCCCCCUCGUGACCAAGGCAGGGGCCAUCUUAGUAGUGACGAAGCUCCUGCGGUGGGUGAGGAAGGAAGAGGACCGGCUUUUCAUCCGUUACCCACCCAAGUAUUCCACUCCUCCCUCCACCUCGGUGGACCAGGUCCCCAACAAUGGCUUGUUCACAGGACUCUGAAUGACUGCUGGAGUGACCACAUUUGGCAUUUAAAUUCGGUCUCUACUCUGGAAAUAUGGGUAUAAGUCUGUGAGGGGCUGGUCCCCAAUUCCAUGGGCAGGUGGGCAAGAUCUCAGGUUUGCCCACAAAUGGGAGAAGGGUGACAGCAGCUAGGGCCACAGGUUGCUCUCUGAGCCCCCUCAUGCUCCUCCCUCCACAUCUAGGAAAGUCGAAAGCCUCCUCUGACUUCUGCCUCACCUCCUUAACAAACAAUGCCACCACACCCUUCAUCAUUGGCUAGCCCCUCCAAGCCUUUUCUAAGCAGCACAGGUUGCCACCAUGUCCAUCUUCCAAGCAUACCUGAGACUGGGCUGAGGCUGUCCUCAGGGUAGGGGUGGGUAACUCACAAGGGCUCUAGAAUUUGAAAUGCAGGGCUAGCCUACGCUUGAAACCAGUCUAAGGAUGUUUAAAGAAAACUACAGAAAGGGCCGAAAGUUGAAUCCCACAAGACAUCCCUCUGCCCUUCAUGUCCUCCCCUCCUCCAUUAUUUUCCCUACUUAAAAAAACAAACAAACAAACAAAACAAGCCCCACCAAUUCAGUUGCCUCCAGCAUCCACCUGUGUAACACAUGCCACAUGACUUAACCCAGCAGCGGGAUGCAGCUUGGUGAAGAUACCCUUAGUCUCUAAGGCUUCUACUCAAGAAAGCUAAUUCCUUUAGGCCCUUUUAGUGAAGAUCUGUGACCAGAUGGGACUUGGAACUCUAGUGCUGCUACUCAGCACAAACAUGUUUGUUCUGGACGUUGGCCGGCUGAAGCAGCAAUCUAAAGAAGAACCCUUAAAGAGCUUGUAUGCACAACCCUCCUCAACUGCCCACUACCCUGCAGCCAGCCUUGUUUAGCGAUAGGGCCCUGUGAUUGGGCGCAUGCGUGCUCACUAUCAGUUGCUUUGCAGAUGUUCUGCGCUUGCUCAAUGCAGAUAACCUGUGUCGCCCCGCCCCCUGCUUUCCUACAAUGUAUAGCAGCACGUGCUGCUUUUCCCUGCCACUGUUUUUCCACUCUUCCGUGGCACAUGCGCAGAUGCCCCACAUUGGGAAAUGGCUGCGGAGCUGAAUCCUCUGAUGGCAGAGUGCCUGGGAGCUGAGGAGGCUGAGGACACAGGAGGUAGCGAAGGCCCACAGGGUGGAGGGGGAGACGCUUUGGCCCAUUAUAAUAAUCGAGAGUAAUUUUUUUUAGGGAAAAAAAAUGUUUUUAACCUAUUGAAAUUUUUAACUUCCACACAGUGGAAAUAAAUAAUAUGUAUUCUCAUCACCUAGGUUAACUUACCAACUUUAUUGACCUUAAUACUUAAGUAGUUCAUUUCAGGAACGGUUACCAGGCAAAUCAGAAAGGGGUUUAUAUGCUCACAAAAACUGCCCUGUUACUACACAGCCUAGAGGAGGAACUCCUCCGUGUUAUUUCACAGUCAGCCUACAUGGUUUACUACAUGCUUUUUGUUUUUUCUUUUAAGGCUCUUGAGAAUGGUUUUCUACGCUAUUCUCAAAUUUGUUUUGACUUAAAUAAUGACAGCUUCUCCGCUCACUGGGGGCCUAAAAACCACUGGAAAUUGCAGUUCCUUCAAAAGAAAAUAUUUCUCAUGGUUAAUCCACUUAAUGAGCAUUUUUGUUUUAAUUAGAGAAAAUUCCCAAACAUUCUAAAGUAGAGAAAAUAUCAUGAGCAGUGACUCCACCCUACUUCGAAGGCUGUUCAAACUCUGUCCAUAUCUGUGUUCACCUUCUGCUCCUGUGUACCAGGUCUGUCACUACAUGACCAGACAUGGGAGGUGGCAUCUUGCCAGACCUGUCUAUUCAGAUUCCAAAACAAUGGGUGUGACCUUCCAGAACAAGACCUGCAGUUUCCCUGGGCACCUGAAACAUCGGCUUGGUGCUUCGAACACAGUUCUUUUCUUGCUUUUAAAUGGGUGAAUAAUGAAAUCAUUUAUACAGAGUUUGUCUCAAAUUGUAGCCACAGGUUGGGUGCCAGUUUUCAAAGAAUAAAAAUCAGACAGCAACAAGCCGCACUUUAUUAAGCUUUUGAUACAGUACCACGGAGAUUUGAAAGCUUAACAUCAACCUUUCAAAUCCCUCAAGUUUGAAGUAGUGAGGGACUUCACUGGCACUGGAGGAAGCUGAAAGGUCUAUCAGGUAUGUUCCAUAGCCAUUGAGGGCUUAGAGGGAUAAUACUUAGCACCAGUAGCAUCUAGGCCUUGUGGUGGAGGCUUAUGUUUUUCAGCAGAUGCUCUUCCAGAUCUGUAGCCUCCAUGCUAGGUAAUAACAGGAGAUUGGCUACACGAACAUGGACCGAGGACAGUCAAUGGUGACUUACAAAAACAGAGAUACAAGAAGUGAUCACAUAAAUAACCAAAUCUAGGGAUAGCCAUGCAGAUUGUAGAUUUUUGUUAAAGAGGUGGAGAAACAUUUUCAGUUGAUAUAAUUAGUCAUUUAUAAAAGACGGGCCCCAGAAGUUUUAAUUUUAUUAUUGAAUAGUUGGGAUUGAAACAAGAAAGGGAGGGCUUGUCAAGAAUAGCUGCUUGGAAAGUGAGGUAAGCACAUUUUGAUAACUGGUUAAGGGCCUUGGAUUGGGGGGGAGGGGAGCAAAAUGGAGGCCUUUUGUGAUUCAUUGUUUUAUUUAAUCUCUUAGGAAAAUAGGGAGUAAUAUGUAAUUUAAAAUAUGAAAGGAAAAGGGAAAGUUGAGCUGCACCCGAGGAUUAUACAUUGGACCAAUGUUAUCCCCAGAUUUCAAUUGCUAUUGUGCAGUUACUUGAGAUCUCUGUAUAUAAGAAACAUGCACUGGAAUAUUAAGUAUUAAUGGGUCAUACUAUCUGCAACUUACAGUUGAAAGACACUCAAAACAUGGAGGAUCUGAUAGAGUACCAUAGCCUAUUUCUACGACUUUUGUGUACAUCUGAAAUAAUUUCAAAAUAAAAUGUUAAAAGGGGA